AUGGCUGAAGGGUCAGAAGAACAAAGCGACACCAAAAAUCUGGACAGUGUUGAGUCCAGUCAAGGUGGAACUGAAACCGGGGACGAUGAUGACACCGUUGAGACAGAGUCGGAGGAUGGCGAAGAGGAGGACGAAGAGGAGGACGAAGAGGAAGAGGAGCCCAAGCUGAAAUACGCUCGAAUGACAAGCCAUCUUGGACCAGUCUAUAGAAAUGGAGAUGCUACAAGUACCUUCCUGGUUGCUGGCGACAAAAUGUUUGUUGGUACACAUAAUGGUAAUAUUCAUGUACUGUCGUUGCCUUCAUUCAAGUCUAUUCGAACCUACCAUGCCCAUUCAGCUUCAAUUACGAGCAUAUCCAUAUCCCCUUUCCCUCCUCCUCUACCCACACCAGUUCCCGAAGCUGUACAACGCUUUACGUCGCGCGUGCAACCAGAAGCUCCAAAUGCACCGCAAAGAGCCCCAUCAAUGGCAUCCCAGGCCUCCGCGAACACAGCUCGGAGUCCUGGAGGUCCGGUAGUCCCCAAAACUCCUUCGAACGCAAUAUACAUUGGCACGUCUUCCGUUGAUGGCAAGGUAUGCAUAGCAUCCUUGGUUGAUGUAAAAGAUGUACAAUUGAGGGAUUUUGCAAGACCUGUCCAGGCUGUUAGUCUGUCGCCGGAUUACAAAAACGAUCGCUCAUACAUAUCGGGAGGACUGGCAGGAAAUCUGGUGCUUACCGUCGGCGGCAAAGCAGGUACAAGCUCGACUUCUACCACUACAGGAAGUGCGGCGGCCACUGCAAGUGGCUGGCUUGGGACUAUUGGUCUAGGAACGCAUGCUGGGAAGGAUACCGUGUUACACUCUGGCGAAGGCACAAUUAAUACCAUCAAGUGGUCCUUAUCAGGAAGAUAUGUGGCAUGGAGCAAUGAGCAUGGUAUCAAGAUUAUGAGGUCUCAUCUACAACUGGAUAGUGCGGAUACUGAAUCUGCUUGGAAGCGAAUCGGGCACAUACCUCGUCCAGAUGGAGAGCAAUGGGAAGAUAUGGCUAGUGUUUGGAAAGCUAGAGUCGAAUGGAUAGACGAGAAAACUCUUGAAACUGAUGAAGAUGACAAAGCUCGCGAAGCAUCAUCUGCUUCCCCAGCCACAGCAAAAUUGAGAUUGCAAGCCUCGAGGGACAAAUUGCGUAUUGAAAAGUUGGUCGUUGGAUGGGGUGGUACAAUCUGGAUGAUUAAUGUGCACCCUGGUGGAACCGGGGUUGGAAAGAAUGUGGGAGAGCGCACAGUUGGUAGCGCUGAGAUCAUCAAAAUGUUACGGAUGGAUUGCAUAAUUUCUGGAUUAUCGUUAUAUACCCCAACUUUACUUGUUGUACUUGCUUAUGUUAUGCCCGAUGAAGAAGAUGAGGAAUCUAUUACACCGAAAGGACAUAAAUCGCAUCCGUCAACAGGUAGCGAGCCGAGCGGUGGAAUACGGCGUCGACAAAACGCACUAUCUCCGGAACUUCGUCUUAUUGAUCUUGGAACAUCCCAAGAAGUUGAUACUGAUGGAUUGACGGUCAGCCGUUACGAAAGGCUCUCAGCUGGUGAUUAUCAUUUGUGCGUAUUGCCUGCCGCUCGAGAUCAACCAGUAGUUCAAUCAUCUCGUGGAACUCUGGAAGCCCUUACUGGAAUGGGUAGUGGUAUGUGGAAUGCUACAAUCAACGCUACGGCACUGUUGAGUUCCAGUGCAAGUGUGAUUAGCAAUGGAAGUACAGGUGAUGGUGAUUCGAAACACACAUCGAUUAGAUCGAAAGUUGCUCACCACAAUCGCGCCACGGCUGCUCAUCCGCACAUCAUCACACCAGGGAUGAAAAUCUUCAUCCAAAGUCCAUAUGACUGUAUUCUGGCUACGAAGCGAGAUUUAUCCGACCAUCUUGCGUGGCUAUUAGAGCACGAAAAGCACCAAGAGGCCUGGGAACUCAUUGAUGAACACCCCGAAGUGAUCUCAUCUUCUCCCGAGAAACUCUCUGAAAUUGGGCCAGCAACUCCGGAUCGAACACGCUCAAGUAGUGAUGAUUUCUACGAUAACGAAAGUACAACCAUCGAAUCUGCAAGUCGCUUGAUUAACUCUUCUGUGGAAAAAGAGAAGCGUAGGAUUGGUGAACUUUGGAUUCAAUCAUUGAUUGAGAACGAUGACUGGACCUCAGCAGGUAGGAUAUGUGGCAAAGUGCUGGGUACAUCGGAUCGGUGGGAACAUUGGGUCUGGACAUUUGCUGGAAAGGACAAAUUUGAUGAGAUUACCAACUUUAUACCGACAGCACAAAUCACGCCACCUCUGCCUUCGACAAUCUACGAAAUCGUACUAGGGCAUUAUAUCACCCAUAACUUACCACGAGUUGGCGAGUUACUCGACCAAUGGUCUCCCGACUUGUUCGAUAUCAAAGCUGUAGCCACAGCUCUAGAAAACCAGCUCAAAUAUCGUGAUGUCCGCCAAGACAGCGUAGAGGAUGGCAAAAUCGGUAGAGAUUGGAGAAUUGUCAUGGAAAGUUUGGGGAAGCUUUACGUGGCUGAUGGUCGACCUCGCGAGGCAUUGAAAUGUUACAUGAAGCUGCAGGAUGCAGACACCGCCAUGGGUCUUAUUAAACAAUAUCAUUUGGUGGACGCAGUCGCAGAUGAUCUACCCAGUCUUAUUAUGCUCCGCGUUUCAAAAGAGCAGAAGCGACAUGCUCCUAUUUCAGAAUUAAAAGAAGCUACUUCCGAGGCUAUUCAAUUACUUGUUGACGAGGCUCAUCAUGGCCUUGUUCGGCCUCAAAUUGUCGUGGAUCAGUUGGAAGAAAUGCCACUGUACCUCUUCUUCUACGUCAGCUCCCUCUGGAAAGGAGACGGCAUAGACGAAAUUCCAGGCGAGAAUCGUGAUCGAUUAUUAGCAGAAAGUAGAUCGCUUGUCGAUGGUUUGGCUGAUUUGGCUUUACAACUCUUCGCGACAUAUGAUCGCGAUCUACUUAUGGAGUUCCUUAAGUCUUCCACCUUCUAUAGUUUUGAAAAGGCAACACUUGAAUGCGAAAAUCACUCAUACAUCCCAGAGCUCGUGUAUCUUUACUCUAAGACUGGUCAAACAAAACGUGCGCUCUAUCUCAUUAUUGAUCGUCUAGCAGAUGUCUCACAAGCAAUAUCAUUUGCAAAAUCUCAAAAUGACGCCGACCUUUGGGAUGAUCUUCUCGAAUACUCUAUGGAUAAACCUAGAUUCAUUCGCGGAUUGUUAGAAGAAGUUGGGACGGCGAUUGAUCCAAUCCGAUUAGUUCGCAAAAUUCCUGAAGGUCUGGAAAUUGAAGGCUUGAGAGAAGGUCUUAGUAGAAUGAUCAAGGAAUAUGAAAUUCAAGAAAGUAUCAGUCAAGGAGUAGCAAGGGUAUUAAGAGGUGAAGUUGCAAUGGCUCAGAAUACCCUUCGAGCAGGUCAACGUCGUGGCGUCAAAUUCGAUGUCGCCGAACAAGAAUUUGAGCACAAGCCUGCACACUGCAUGAGUUGCAAAAGCGCCUUUUAUGAAGGCGAAAUGGAAACGUUGGUCGGUUUUGCAUGCGGUCAUGUGUGGCACUUAUCACAUUUAUUGAAUUACGGCAAAAGCGAAGAUCAGAUUCGCCAAUCCGCAGAUGCAGAAAGACAUCCUACUUAUGAUGGAUUUGAUGAUGGGGAAGAUGAGCGCAGAUACACGAAUGUGCACAGUAUUGGGACUAAAGUCACGAGGGCGAGGUUAUUAAAGGAUAGAAUUAGAGGCGGUUGUCCUGUAUGUAAAGACAAGGGCGAUGGUGCGUAUGCUUGA